AUGCGCCAAUGCCUCACAUCCCCAGAAGGUGGAUAUUAUACAACGAAGAAUCAAGCCAAAGAUCAAUUCGGACGAAAAGGAGACUUCAUCACUUCGCCGGAGAUAUCUCAAGUCUUUGGAGAGCUGAUCGGCAUCUGGCUGUACGCAGAAUGGAUGGCCCAGGGCAAGGUCAGCAAAGGUGUUGAAUUAGUAGAGCUGGGUCCUGGGAGAGGAACGCUGAUGGAUGAUAUGCUGCGGACCUUGAGCACUUUUCGACAGAUGCGUGCCAGCAUUGACUCGGUCUACUUGAUCGAAACGAGCCCUUCCCUUAGAGAGACGCAGAGACUAUUGUUAUGCGGAGAGGCCCCGUUCGAAACUGUCGAUAUUGGAAUUCGAAGCAUAAGCAAGUAUUCAGGCAUUCCGAUCACUUGGUGUGAAGACAUUCGCUUCGUACCAAAGGGGGCUACCAAAACGCCUUUCAUUGUAGCUCACGAAUUUUUUGAUGCACUUCCAAUACAUGCCUUUCAGUCUGUUCCACCGAGACCUAGUAACAGUGGAACAACACUUCAGACGCCGACAGGGCUAAUUCCAUUGUCAAACCAAUCGCCGCAGUCGAAACAAAACCAGUGGCGGGAAUUACUUGUCUCGACGGCACCUCCACCGAAUCUUGUAGUGCCUCACGCCGCUAGAAACCUCUCAGAUACUACCCCUGACUUUCAAUUGACCCUUGCUAAAGCCUCCAAUCCAACAUCGUUACUUCUACCAAAUCGCUCAGAACGAUACAAGACUCUCCUACAUCGUGCUGGCUCAACAAUUGAGAUCAGCCCGGAAUCACAUUCGUAUGUAGCGCAGAUUGCUCAGCGUAUAGGUGGAGCCCCGCCCAAUUCUACGACUUUACGAUCUCAAGACUCAAGUAGGCCCCUAGAGCAUAAAGCAACCCCCUCCGGCGCUGCUCUCAUCCUGGAUUAUGGCCCUUCUGGUACAGUUCCCAUCUCCACUUUCCGCGGCAUUCGCAGCCACAAAGUGGUCUCCCCAUUUUUUGCCGCUGGUCAAGUUGAUCUGUCCGCGGAUGUUGAUUUCACAGCUUUGGCCGAAGCGGCCCUGCAUUCCAGCUCUGGCGUCGAGGUGCACGGACCUGUCGAACAGGGAACUUGGUUAGAGGCAAUGGGUAUCAGAACAAGGGCAGAAAUGCUAUGCAAGGGAUUAGAAAGGGAUGAGGCCGGGAGGAAGAGAGUGGUUGGCGCAGUGGAAAGGCUAGUAGAGAGAGGCGGUGGAGGCAUGGGCAAACUGUAUAAGGUCAUGGCUAUCGUGCCAGAGCGCGGUGGCAGGAGGCCCGUUGGCUUCGGUGGCGAAAUUGGAGGAUAA